CUUUUAUGAAUUGGAGGUAGACAUGCGUAUGGAUCUCCCCCUUGAAGGGUAAACUACCAUUUGUACGUAAACAAGUGGGGAGAGCUGAUACAGAGAUGGACUAUGCCGAUUUUCACUGAGGGAAACGAGUACGCCGCCAAACUUAUUAUUGAUGGUGCACCCUUCCUUAUGGGCCAUUACAUAGGUGAGGAUGAUAUGAUUGUCCUUGAAUAUACCCCAGGCGGUAGGGAGCCAAAUCCGAAGAAGAAGGGUGAUAGUUAUAACAUUAGUUCAGUAGUGACGGGCGGCGGAGGCAAAGGCAGUGAUGAAGAUGGUGGCGGCCUGGCAGUAUCUAGAAGUGGCAUUUGGUGGCGGCACCUGCGGCCGGUGGCAGCUGGCAGAAAUAGCUGGUGCAAGCAAUAGGUGGUGUCGGCGCAAGAGAACUCAUCUGUUAUGGAUGGUGGAUAUGUGCAACAAACAUAUUUUAAUUUUAAGUUAAUUAGUUGAUAUUUUUAAUAAAGAAAUUAGGAUUUUUGAUAUUUCUACUCCUAUGAAAUUAUGCGGAACAUUGAAUUCCUGCAGUUUUAUUAGUCGUUGCAGAAUUUACUCAAGAGAAAAAAUAGGGGAACAAAUAUAAUUGAUUAGGCGGAUUGUAAGCCUAGGCGACACAUCUGGGUGACAGGAGGAGCGUCCCAAGAAGCCGACUUGAAUCUCAUUGCCUUGAAAUCGUUGACGCACUGCUUCACUCUCAUCUUCGUCACCCGCUUCCUGACUGCCGCCAGCUUCUUGCCGGCGACCUGGUCAAAGAUGCUCU